CACCCCUACCGCCUCUACCGCCCCACAGCACCCCCUAUCACUUCCACUUCAUACCUCUACCCCCAUCUUACCACUCACUCUCUUACCACCCCUUUCACCUCUACUCUCUCUAUCAUCAUCACUGCCUCUACCGCCUCACAGCACUCUCUAUCACUUUCACUCUCUAUCUCUACUCUCAUCUUAUCAUUCUACUUCUCUCUUACCAUCUCUAUCACCCCUCUCACUUCUAUCACCUCUAUCAUCAUCACUGCCUCUAUCACCUCUCUCUAUCACCUUUUUCACUCUCUAGUCUCUCUAUUAUCACUGCUAUCUCUACUGCUCUGCAGUCUCUUCUAUCACUUUCACUAUCUCUAUUUCUCUCUUACUAUCUCUACCACAUUUUGAUCUCUGUGUUUAUAGUAUAUAGUUACUGCUAAGUACUCUGUAAUAAAGUCUCAUAUGAUGUCAUGUGCAUCUCUUUGAAUUCAUGAAUGAGAUUGAAUAGCUGACUCUGCAGUCUGUAGUAGUACAGCUCUGAUUAAUCUGAUAAUAGUGAUAGAGAUGAUACAGAGUGAAAGAGAGUAGUAGAAGAAGUAGAGGUGAUGAUGGUGGUGAUAGAGAGUGAAAGGGGUGGAAGAGGUGGUAAGAGUGAGUAGAGAUAGGGGGUGGAAGUGGUAGAGGGAUAGGGGUAGAGAGUGGAAGUGGUAGAGGGGGCUGCGCAAGCAGCAGAGCGAGCGUAAGCGAGCAUUUGAUGCUUGUAAGUAGUUACGGAGUAUAUUAUUAGUUAACAGAAUUUCCCACCAAGAUUAGUCACUGUCUAAGCUGCUCUUUUGGUAGCGCCCUCCCUCGCUCCGUCCGUACGGUGUAAAUAGAUGUUCGGAGCUUCGGAGCCCGGAGGCUCUGAUUUGUCAGCUGCCGGAUGCUGAGUAAGCCUCCCGCUCCCGAUUUGGCGACUUCUUAAUAAUCCAAUGAUUCAUCCGCUGCUGACUGAUCCGUAUUCUUCUUCUUCUAUACAACUGGCUCGACUCGGCCUUGAUGACAGCGACAGCGAGGUUGAUAUCCGCAUAUUGGCUUGUUCAUCGAUCGAUAGUAGGAUAUUGUGCUUCCAGGUGGGCUAUUUGCAAACACACGCAGACAUACACAGGGACAGGGCCCGCCUACAACCUCCUCCCGUAGCCCCGUUGCUGACUACGCCUCCGCCCGCCGAUUAAAUAACACCUUACUCAUCGCCUCUGCCUCCUCCAUUCGCCACCCACCAAGAUCCUCCAGAGCAAAAAGUAUCUCGAGAGAUCUCCUCGACUUGAUUAUGACCCUGCAGCACGCGCUAGCUCCAGCGCCCCAUCCCCAAAUGCAAGACCUCAAGAACCAAGUCCAGGACCAUGCUGAUCAGGUCCUCCACGACCAGCUCCUGGCUGCCCAAGCCCAACACCUCCAUCAAUCCCACCCUCACCCCCAUUCUCACGCCCACCACGCUCCUCCUCCGCCCCGUCCAACCCCCGGCGCAUCGGCCGCCUCCCCGCGCGACCAAACAAACACAAGUAACGCCAACGCCGCAAACAUCACCAUCGACCCCGCCAUCGCUGGCCCCUCUGCCAUGAUCCCUCCGACUGCUGCGCCGCCCACGGCUCAGGGUCAAGCACCCGGGCCCGACAUCCCCAUGGAAGAUCAUACGGACGGGCGUAAAACUUAUGGCAAACGCGAACUGUCCACCUCCAAACGCGCCGCGCAAAAUCGGGCUGCCCAGAGAGCUUUCCGCCAGCGCAAGGAAGGCUACAUCCGCAAACUCGAAGAACAAGUAAAGGACUACGACCUUCUCGUCGAAAACUACAAGGCCAUCCAGGCCGAAAACUAUCAGUUGCGCGAAUACAUCAUCUCCCUCCAAUCGCGUCUCAUCGAUUCACAAAACGAAGUCCCCGAGCUACCGGGGAACAUUGACCUGUCCCAGCCGCGGAGCGAUCCGCCCGCACCUGCCAUUAACGCCGCUACUACCUCCGCCGCCGGUGCCGCUGGAAACGUUGCUACCACCACUGCUGGCAGUGCAGGGGCAGGUGGGGGCGACCAGGCGGAGGUUAACGCGUUGAACCGCAUUGCCGUGGCUGGGCUUGGAAUGCGGAAACACCAGCAUGAGGAGGCCGCGUUUUUAGGGAAUAAUACCAACGACAACACUGCGGGCAAUAAUGCCAAUGUCGGCGGCGCGAAUGUGAACGUGAAUAAUGGGAAUAUGAAUGUAAAUCCGGAGGCAGAUUCGCCGUCAAAGAGGAUGCGGUUUGAUGGGUUGCCGGAUGUGGGGAUGGGCGUUGGCAUGGGGGAUGGUGUUAAGGGGGAUGUCACGUCGUGACCAUGGCCGUAACUGUGAUGUGGUCGCUGUGGCAGCACGGUAAAUUUGGAGAUCAGGCGGGAUCCAUUUCUCUUUUCCCCUUCUCCCGUUUUGUGUAUAUCACAAAUGUGGCAUGGUAUCCCCAACACAACCCUGCCCACCUGCCCAUGCCCAUACCCAUACCCAUCCCGUUUCAAAUCUCCUGGCCUAAUACUUGUCCUGUAAUCCCUCUUUGGCGUUUGGAGGUAUAUUUGUUUUUCCUUAUUCUUUUCCUCACGUCUGGUUUGUCCAAUCAAAUUUAUCCUAUCGCGUGUCCCAUCUCAUCCUUGUCUGGCACACAACAUAUCCAUCCCGGCUCGUUUUCAUUGUUCGUUUUCUCCUUUACUUAUAUUUUGGUACUACCGGCUAUCCCCUUCCUGCUAACACCCAGUGGAAUCUGGUAUAUCCGUUCCUGUUCAGCGUUCUCCACCCCUACCUUCUUACCCUCCAUAUGUAAUCGCUUCACCCCGAUAAUUCUGUUUCCCUGUUCUGGCUGGUUUCCUUCUCCUGUUGCGCAGGUGUUUGUUCCAUUUCCUUUCGCCUAGCCUGUCUGUUGUAAGUACUUGUGCACGUAUGUAUCUAUCUAUUGGAUCUGAGCAUCCCGCGUUUGAUCUGCUCUCCGGCUCUAACGCCGGCUCGAGCUCUUGAGAGCCAUGACUUCUGGAGUGCGUGGGAGGGAGCUUGGCGUCUGCUGCGGCGUUUGGAGGGCAUUAUGUUAUGUUUCUUUUGUCACUAGCUUUAUUAGUUUAUUUCUUGUCUUCCUUUCUACCUUUUUCUUUUAUAAAAAAAUAUCUCUUGGUAUUUCCUAAACGUGAAAUUUUGUGAUUUGUACCUUAAUUUUUGGUGUAGGAGGCAUUUCUUGCUUUUCGAUCCGAUCUAGAGAGACCCAAAUGAACUCAGUUUUGCGAGGGGAUGCUAGUUAGUAGCGAAAGGAGAGCGCUCUAUAUAUAGCUUGUUGAUCGUGGCGCGCGGGGGAGUUGACCAAAACUUUACAAAUUUUCACUACUUGAUUUUUUACCUCUUUUCGUCGUCUCUUUUGUGACUUGAGUGAGAAUGGAAUGUCCCGGUUUUCAUGAGCAGGACUUAUCAUGCAAGGAACACGGGCAGCCGUUAAUUUAUCUAUUCAGCCUCCAAGAAAUGGACAUAGUAGAGGAUAGUUAACUAAGGUAAAAGUCGUCAAAUCCCAUUCUUAUAGUUAGCACCCGAAUUUUAAAUCCCAUGCCAUCCCGUCCCAUACUCCAAAUCCCAUCCCGAUAUCAAACCACAUUUGCACAAGAUGAAUUAACAUACCUACGCAUACCCUGCAUUUCCCAAAUUGUGUUCCUAUCACAUCAAGCACCAUUAGCAAAUUCAACCAUAUAGAACAACAGCUUAAACAAAUGCAAAGAUGGAAAUGACGAAAGACAUACCUUAAUAUAAUCUCCCCCUUUCUCCAACCAUUCCUGCCUACUAACCGCCGCACUCUGGAACUCGCUACCACCAGCCCACUCCGCUGCACCCCUCCAAGCAUCCAACAUCGAAUCCCCCGCUUUCCUAACAUUCAACACCGACCCCAUCUCCACCGGUAACACCGUCCGAAACUCCGCCGCAAACCUCUCCUCAAACCCUUUAAACAGCGAAUUACCCCCCGUAAUAAACACAUCCCUCAACAACUUUGCUCGCUCCUCCCCCGCCGAAAACCGCUGCUGGUUAACAAUAUCCGCCGCGAUUUCCACGAGACCCGCUUGGUCCAGCCCAGCAAUCGCCGAUGGCUGGAACAGGACUUCGGGCACCCGUAUGCGCUCCACGUUUAGAUGGAGCUGGUGCGCCUCGCGCGUGCUUUCCGGAUCAAACGGCCAGGGACCCCGUAGGAACAUGUGGAUCAGACUCUUGGUCCAAUCCGACUGGGCGUCCAGGGUGUGAUUCUCCGUGAAGUGCGGGUCAUGCUCCAGGAGCUGCUGUUCGAUCGCGCGGAGUUGGUUGGGGAUGUCCAUUUCGUCGUUGUCGUCAUCGUCGGAGGCGGCGCCUGCUGCGUCCGGGCCCGUGGCGACGGUGCGAUAGACGCGCCAGUCGUCGUCAUUGGCACCGAAGGUGUCGUCGUCUGCACCUCGCCGACGUUUCUUGGUGGGUGUGUCGGAGGCGAGGUUUGCGAGGGUUUUCAUGCGCAUUUGGCUUGCAAGGGAUUUGCGGUUGCCUAGGUCGGCUUUUAGGCGCUCUCUCUCUUUCAGUUUUUGGAGAAGGGUCUAUACGGUUAGAAAUUAAUAUGCCGUUUUGGCUCUAUACAGGUGGGGUAGGGGACCUCUUCCCCGCCCCUAGGGGUAAGGUACAUACCUCGCGAGCUUGCCUCCGCUCCUCAAUCCACUCUUCAAAAUUAUUUUCACGCUUUUCAUUAUCCAGCCGCUCUUCCUCAGCCACCCGGGCCUUCUCCAUCUCCUUCUCCGCCUUGGCACGUUGUCGCGCUUCGAUGUUCGAUUUCAUGAGUCGUUGGUGGCGCUUCUCCUUUAAACCGGCCUCAUCUAGCUCUUCGUCGGGAAUAUCCAAUAAUGGGAAGGUGGCUUCCUCCUGUUCCUCUGUUUCCUCAUUUCCCAGAUCCUUAUUGCGGGAUUUCUUAAUGGACUUCUCGAGAUCGCGUAUUGUGCGCUCCAGAUGUGCUUCGUCCUUCAUAUCUUCCGCAUCGAGGAUGCGCUUGACUUCUUUCUUUGAUUCGGAUGCUAGUCCCUGCUGUAGGUCCUUGUAAUACUCCAAUUCUUGCUCCUUUUUCAUUAGUUUUUCCAGCCGCAUCUUCGCAGCUUGUUCCUGUAGCCGUCUGCCGCUUUCUUUUUUCCUUUCUGCAAUUCUCGCCAGCUCUUCUUCCGUCUUCUCCACGACAACAUGUUCUGUAAACGGGUAUUGGAUGACACGGUCGCGCUCCUCCAAACCUGUCCAAUCAAGAUAUCCCGAUACCUCGCGGUCGUAGUCAGUCGAAACAUAGCAGUGUUCAUGGACCAGUUGUGUCAUUUGAUGCUCCGUCAUGCGGUCAGGGAAGGUAGGGUAUUUCAGUUUUAAUAACUUCAUCAUGAACUCGGCUGCUUGUUGGCCGCCCCAAUUCAACCGUGAGGAAUUCGACAAGAGCGCCUUGGAGUUAACAACGGGGAUGACGUGCGUAGAGGAGUGAGAGGAUGAGAUUACCAGCCCGUCCGUUCCGCGGUUAUAUCGGUAUGAGAAGAGAGAGUCAAUGCCGUAGGCGACUGAGGGGGCAGAGUAGCACUCAAAAAGAAUUUCAUUCAUCACUAUUUCCCGUUAGACCGUAUAUGAGAAGUAGAUAUAUAUGUAAAGAGUAUAUGAGGCAUACUUCUCCUCGUGUAGCCCAGGUUAGCAAUAGGCUCUGUCAGGACAAUUGGCCUAUCAACACCGCCAUUCGCCCCGUCCACCCCCAGCUUCAGGAAUAUAUAAUCCAGCACGCCUUCCAUGACGUCCCAGUUGCCAACGAUAUUUGUUCCCGGGUCGAAAGCAUUCCGCACCUGGCCGCGCGUGGUCGCAUCGACGUAGGCAUCAUAUCCCGCAAAGUGACACGUCCGGUUAACCUUGCGAUCGCGGUACUUGGCCAUGACGGGCGGGAUGAUGAACCGAGGGGAUUUGUCAAAGGACCAGCCUGCCUUGACGAGGUAGGAGCCUAGGCAGAGAAACACCAUGUAUAUAUAAGUAAAGCGGUCAAGCCAGAUUGUGCAUACGGGAAUAAAAAACCAAGAUAUGCAUACCGUUGUCAAUCACGAUGGCGCUGGAGCUCGCUGUCUCUCGGCUCUGUUCGUAGCCCUCCGGCUGCGGAGGCAUGUAGCCCUUGAACGGCGGCUCUUGGAUAGGAUAAAGCUUGGGAGGCGGUUUUGGGUCAUUUUUUUGGGAAAUGUUAGCCGCCGCUCGAGGCGCGACGAGGGCGCGGGUAGAAAUUAUAGUCAUGGCGACAGGGAAGAAUGAGAUUUGCGGAGGAUGGAGCUCUCAUGCGCAGUUCAAGUUAGCUUUGAGAUGGGAGGUGGGGGCGCAUUGUUUGAGAUAGGAUGGUUAGGAAUUGAACUGGAGUGGUUUUGAAUUAGCAGUGGUUAGAUUUAACAGCUGAAGUGGCCGACAUGAAGUUGAAAAGUUGAAGGUUUGGAGCUGGGAGGCGGCGUUUUCUUUCUUCUUCGGCCGCACCACAGGAAAUAUUUAUGGAAUAAAAUGGCGCUCUUUUGAAAUACUAACUAACUAAAUACAUCAAUUUUGAUAUUUCAAUGAUUUACCUAAAUAUUCAGUAAAUAGAGACAUUAUAAUGGAUACUACAUUCAUUCUACGCCCGAA